UCUGGACCAUCUUGACUUUUCGUACGAGCUAUGUCGACCGCAGACAAUUCAGAGCGUGCCGCCAAGCGCCAGCGCACUGAGGACCCGCCUGAACUCUCCGCGGCAAAACGCCAUGGCAAGCACUGGUGCCGCGACGGCUCAGUCGUGCUUCAUGUCGAGGAUACUCUCUUUCGCGUCCAUCAGUCGACUCUGGAAAGGCUCUCCGAAGCCUUCAAGGAUCUAUUCACCGUCCCUCCACCCGAGGGUGAAGCCCUUUUGGACGGGUGCCCCCUCGUUCGUUUGGAGGGCGACUCCAGUGCAGAUUGGGAAACUCUUCUUGAUGCAAUAUACGACCCAAUCUACUUCGUGACGCUAGAGGUUGACAUUCAUAAUUCGGUCGACACCAGCAUCCCCACUACUCUGAGGCUCCUUCGUCUGGCGACCAAGUACCGCAUCAUCGCCUUCAGGAAGACUUGCAUAAACCUGCUGUCUGUAGACUUCCACUCUGAUCGUCUCUUCAAAGUGAGAGAUCCGCCACCUCCUCCGCAGAACAUCGUUCUCGUCAUGAUCGUCGCGCACGAGACGAAUGCCUUGACGCUGCUGCCUUGCGCGUAUCUCCUUUGCGUCACGGAACUGGAUGAGAAUGAGAUAUUCACGGAUGUCACUCUGCCAGCGGUGCUGAAGGUCAACCUGUACCACGGCAUUCUCGGCAUCCUGGACGCGCUGAGAAAGGAUGUCUUCCCGUAUGCCCACGGCCUCGCAGUGGUCGAAAACUGUGAACGUUUCGUCAAGUGCAGCAUAUCUGCGUUGUUUCAGCCCUAUUUUCAUAAUCCUCAUUCUCCCUGCUACAUAUUCGCCGACAAUCUCGAUUCUCGGGAGGCUUGCAGGACCAUAUGCGAUGUGUGCUACAAGCGCGUGUCUACGACUUUCUACGAGGGGCGACAGAAGACCUGGGAGCGUCUACCGGAGAUCUUUGGCCUGGGAAAAGACUGGGACGAGCUACGACGCAUCCAAGAUUACGAUAGCACACCCGACCCAUGACGAUCAAUGAUGGCUGGCGGCGGAGCUUUUUGGUGGCGGCGAGAUAUAUCAAGCACUGUAUGCAUUGUCGUCGCGAUCUAUUAUCGACUUCAUACUAGUGGAAUGCACUUGUGAUCAUAUUGGGGGAUGCCAAUAUUUUCCUCUUGCAUUCAGAUUCUCAUAGUUCCCGGAUG